AUGGCCAUCUGCAAUGCCCUGAGACAUUCCACCAUCCUGACAAACCCCAUGGUGACCACGAUUGGCCUGGCCGUGGUGUUGCGUGGCUGCAUGAUCGUACUGCCCACUCCCUUCCUGGCGAGGUGGUGGCCAUAUUGCAGAACCAGCAUCAUCCCCCACACAUACUGUGAUGGCAUGGCCAUGGUGAAGCUGGCCUGUGCUGAUGUUCGCAUCAGUAGUUACUACAGCCUCUCUGUGGCAUUCUUAGUGACCACUCUGGAUGUGUUUUUUAUCACCAUGUCCUAUAUCUAUAUUCUCAGGGCCAUCUUCAGCCUCCCCACAAAGGAUGCCCAGCUCAAGACUUUUGGGACGUAUGGCUCCCACCUCUUUGUCAUUUUAGCCUCUUACAUCCCAGUUAUCUUCUCCUCCCUCACGCACCGGUUUGUCCAUAAUGUGGCCCUGUAUUUCCACAUUCUCAUUUCCAAUGUGUACCUGCUUGUGAUCCCCAUGCUACACCCCAUCAUCUAUGGGGUGAGGACCAAACAGAUCCAGGACAGGCUACUCUGGCUACUUACUCAUAUAGGGAUGUGA